AUUUGCACGAGGCAGCGGAGCAGCAGCGGGACGCGUCCACUGAGCAUCUACAUCCGGGGAACCCCACACCGGCUGCAAAGCUUGCAAGAUGAACUUCAAGAACAUUCGGGAGUACCUGGCCUGGCUGUACUACCAGUACCUGCUCAUCACCGGCAUCUAUGUCCUGGAGCCCUGGGAAAAGUCCCUCUUCAACUCCGUCCUCUUCUCCGCCAUCGCCAUGGUGAUCUACACCUCGUAUGUCUUUGUGCCCAUUCACGUGAGACUCGCACUGGAAUUUUUCUCUGGGAUCUUUUGGGGCCAGCCCGAGAGCACCAUGGCACUCAUGAACUGAAAGAAGGGAGAGGAAGUGGAGGGAAAAGAAGCAGGCACAGGUCGGCAAAAACGAUUCCGUAUAACUCAACUCAACUCAAUCUCCAAGUGCACCUUGAGCCCCUCUUUCCACCACGUUCAUCCAGAACCACAGCGGGCCGCAACCGCUGCUAACCGAGUCUGAAAAACAUGAAGCUUUUGAUGAGAUGAUCUGGAUAUCGGAGCACGACGAUCUUCUUCACAUCACAAUCAUGGUAUCAGACACACGGCUGUACAUUGCUGUGCAACUUUUUGGUUAAGUGUUGUUUGUCCUUUUUGUUCGUUAAAGCUACAAUCUGUAACGGGGAAUUUUCUGGAAAAAGGAAGAAGAAAAAGAAAAAAUGACAAAUGCAAAAGAGAGGUUUUAAUUGAAGCAGGAGAUGGAACAAAUUUACCCUUAAACACCAAAUCCCAUAAUAUUAUUAUUACGACACCAUAAAGAAAAGUGCAGUGUCAAUGCUGCUGAUUAUUCAUACGUUAUUGUACUGCUCACUACAUAGUCAACUGAGGAGUGUUUGCUAUAGAAGGAGUAGUUAACAUCAAUCCAGGCUGUUGUUUGAGACAGCCUUUGCAAAUCUCUACAGCUCCACAGAAGUCAUUCUAGUGUACUGUAACAUCAGCACGUAUUUGUGUGUCUGUGUUCAUUGGCCAUGUUACCACUGAUUGUGAGUCACUUUCCGAUAAAGGUGAAGUAUUUGAUUUAAUGUUACUGGCUGAUCUCGUAUCAGAAUCACUUCCCAUAUGUAUGCACUGUAAUGCUAGCUGGCAGGAUCUUUC